AUGGCACGAACCCGAGCCUGCAAAGCGCGUCCCAGACUUCCUUCCCGCAACACCAUCACCAGAGUGACACCGGGACGCGGGUCUACAGUUGGGUCACUCCGUGCAUCGACAGUAUCCGUCGAAUAUGACAAGGAUGAGAUAGGGUACUCGCGCGACAUCGACAUAGAAGACAGCACCGUGAAUAUCAAGCAAGAAGACGAAGACGAAGACGAAGAUGUGACAGCAGUAAACGAGACAAGAAAAUCGCCAAAGAGACGAGCUCAAGGAGCGAUAGCAAAAGCUUCUGUGGCAAAAAAACACAAAUCCUCCCCACCUGCUUCCGCCACCCGUCUUACCCGCUCCAAGACUUUGCCUUACAGGAAAGAAGCGAGUAGCACUCGGUCUGACAGUGAGUCAGAGAGUGAUAUCGAGACCUACGCACACACCAAGACGCGCUCCAUCAACUCGCCUCUACACCUACUACGCCCAUACAUGGCCUUCCAACUAUCUGUUUCUGGUCUUUCGGGCAAAGCAUACAACGCCGCACAAGCAUCGAUGAAGUCCGUCCUUGACGUCGCAGAGAACUUUGAGAAGCAGUGUGGUGGAACGCUUGCAAGGGCACACGAAAGCCUCAGCAGUAGCAGCAGUGGGAGUUCUGAGGAGCGAGAGUCGCCGAACAGACAAAAGCGAGGAGAAGAAAGACAGGUGUUCAAAGUCGCGAAGCUAGGAGCAAAGAGAGACGACGACGUGUUGCCGAGAAAACAGCAGGAACUGAAUGAACAGACGAGGAAGAGACUCGCGCAAGAGCGAAAGGGAAGAGGGAGGGCAAGACGAGAUUCAAGCGAAGGCGAAGAGUCAUCCGCCCAUUCUUCCUCCAUUUCAUCUUCCAUCACCUCCGACAUCGCAACAGAAAUAGCCAGUGACACCGAGGACGAAGCCAAAUACCCGCCGAUCAAGCUGCUCUCCGUAUCGAGCACAACCUCGAUCUACGACUCGCUUCGCGCAUCGACAACCGAUUCUGGCGAGACUAGCUCGGAAGGCGAAGAAAGCGAUGUGAUUGAACGCCGCGAGAGAAACGCACUGCGACGUCAGAAAGCGAGGCAGAAGAAGCGGAAUGCAUGGAAGAGGGAAGAACUAGAGUCGAAGAGCGAUGCAGAAACGGAGGUGGAUAUUUUGGAGGACAUGAAGGAGGAGAGGAGCAUACCUGCAACGACGGAAAGUGAUUGUGGGAGAGAAGUCACAGUAGACUUCUGUCCGAUAGCAUGGUGA